ACAAAAUGGCGACUUCGUAUGUCACAGUCCGCAGACAUUUUUUUUCGUUUUUUAAGUAUUUAACAAAAUUUGGACGAGGUAUUCUCUCUUUUUUUUCUGUUGUUGUUAGUCUAUUCGCAACAACGAUCCGAGGUUUGUCCAAAUGGAGAUGCCGUACAUUUGACGUCGUAACUGCACUUCCGCAUACGUUUUGGUACGCAACCACACGCUCGUCACUAAAUCAUUCUUCCUAAAUUAGUACUGAUUUACCACACUGAAUCCUCGACAGAGUACGUUUAGCAUUGUUUUGCUGGACAUAAACAUCAUUUUUGUAAGUCUUCGUGUCCGGUUAAACUCGUCUCGGUGCACGUCGAAGCUUCUCGGCCUUGCUUAGCUGAGUUUAGCUUAGCUUAGAUUGCUAGCUAAAGGAGACGCCUUUGUUAUCAACACAUCGCUCAGCAGCGAUCAAGUGUAAAAAGUGUUGUCAUCAUCUUGUGGGGAGGGGAAAAAAAUGUGUGCACGAACCAAAGUAAAGUACGAGGAUGAAAUUUGUGCGACAAAAGAGGAGAACGAGCGAAAACGUCAACGACUGGACGCUGUUUUGAAGAAUCCUCGAGUUGUGUUACACAGAGCAGACGCCAGUGUAAAAAAUCUUUGUCCUGACCAGCAGGGGCCCGAGUUCCCUGACAUUAAAGAAGAGGACGAAGAGCCCCAUCACGUCAAAAAGGAGGAGCAGCUGGUCUGCAUCAAAGAGGAGGAGGAUAUCGCAGAGUUGCCAGUGACUGGUGUCCUUUUGAAGAGCGAAGACGAAGGUCAAUAUGAGGGGAACAGAGGGGCGGAGCCUCCAAGCAGCAGCUCAAGUCAACACAUGAGAACAGAAGGUGAUGGAGACCACUGUGGCCUCCUCGCUCCAAUAUCAGAUAGCGACGACUUAACAUCACACUCAUCUGAUCACAAUGAUGAUGAUGAAGAUGAUGAAGAACAGUCUGAAGGUGAUGUGACACGUCACACUGGCAAAAAACGCUGGAAAUGUUCUCAGUGUAAAAAAACGUUUUCCUCCAAGUCUGUUUUGAAAAAACACACAAUAGUCCACACUGGAGAGAAACCUUUUACCUGCUCAUUUUGCGGUCAAAGAUUCUCUCAGAAAGUGAACUUAAAAAUACACACAAGAACCCACACUGGUGAGAAACCCUUUGUCUGCUCAUUUUGUGGUCAAAGAUUCUCUCAGAAGGUGAACUUGAAAAUACACACAAGAACACACACUGGUGAGAAACCUUUUGCGUGUUUGAUUUGUGGUCAAUCUUUCUCGAUUAAGGCAAAGUUAACAAGGCACACAAGAACCCACACUGGUGAGAAACCUUUUGCCUGCUCAAUUUGCGGCCACAGAUUCUGUCAGAAGGAAUACUUGAAAACACACACGAGAACACACACUGGCGAGAAACCUUUUGCCUGCACAGUUUGUGGUCAAACAUUCUUUCAGAAGGUAAACUUAAAAAUACACACAAGAACACACACCGGUGAAAGACCUUUUGCCUGCACAGUUUGUGGUCGACGAUUCUCUCACAAGCAAACCUUAAAAAUACACACAAGAACACACACUGGCGAGAAACCUUUUGUCUGCUCAGUGUGUGGACAAAGAUUGUCUUCAAAGGAAUGCUUGAGAAGACAUACAAGAAUGCACACUGGAGAAAAACCCUUUGCAUGCUCAGUUUGUGAGCAGAGAUUCUCUCGUAACGAUCAGCUUAAGAGACACAAGUGUGCUGGGAGGAAGAGCGGCGACCGGUGAAGCUUUAAAUGAAAACUGGCAUGGUUAGAGACAAAUUUGAAAUAUUCUACACUUGCAUUCUUGCCUACUGUGGACAGUUGUUGAGUAUUAACACUCGUGCUUGAUAACAAAAUGUAUCAGGUUUAACCGAUGUUUUUGUGAAGCCCAUAUCGAGUAAGCGAAUGAUUGAUUGAAAUUGCCUGUGAAGAGCCUUUGACUCUUUGUUGUAAGAUGAAAAACGAUGAUAGUUAGUCAGUUAACUUGUAUAUCAAUAUAUCAUAUCAAAAUGUCCCCAACUGAAAUGCCAUUAAUCCGCCCCCCCCAAAAAAAACCACCAUAUUUGUUGUUAUGUGUUCUUGACAAAUAAAAAUAGCAGUGUUGUAUAAAGCCAUUGAGACAAUAUGAGGAAAUAAGUCUGAAAGUGCAUCAUCUCUUUUGCGGUUGGGACAAGCAAAUUCCAUUAGCCCCAAAAUAAAAAAUUCAAUUGACAAAAUAUAGUGAAAAGCUGUUCUAUUGACAUGUUCAGAAAUGUAAAUGUAUUACUAUGGCAACAGCAUAGUGCUGUUUUUCUUUUCUUUUUUAUUCAGUAAAUUGUUCCAACAGAAGAUCAGCAUCGAAAGUGCUACACAGGAAGACAUUUCAAAAUCUGUAGAAAAUCUACGUUAUAUACUCUGUAUCAGUGUUUCAAGAAAGAUUUUGACCCCUCCAAAAAAGUAUAUUAAUGUUUCGCAAGUCGUAUUGAACCGAUGCACCCAUUUUACAAAAAUCGAAAGAAAAAUGUCACCCAAAAAAAUGUUGAUCUCGUGUCAAUUUACAAUACAUGCUUUUUAAAAAAAUA